AUCAAGUUAUGUCCCUUUUGGUACAAAAACAUUGAAAUGGGAGUUGUGUGUAUUUUUAGCUAUGCUGUGCCUGAGGGUAAGAGUGGACAACAAGCAGUUGAUAUGUUACAGAAAAAUGUCGAGUUACUAGGAGCUACAAGAUCUGGAAACUUUUGUGUUGAUUGUGAAACUUACCAGUCAAAUUCACAGAAUAUUUCACAAAGACUUAUUCACAUUUUACACAACAGUGAGCACCCUGCCUCAUGUUUUGCUGCACUGGACACUGGGACAAUUCUUGUGUCAGAUUUAUUGUUUGAUGUUCUCAUGUCAAAGUUAACACUUGCCAAGACAGGACGAGAGAGUUUCUACCAACAGAGAAAGGGAUUUAGGAUUGAAAGCAGAGGGCAGAGAUAUGAGUUAUGGGAUUUUGUCAUCAAAAUAGGAUCUGUCUCUCUUGCAUCAAACUUUAAGGGAAUUUUGGUAGAGGUAGAGUACUGUCCAUGUGUAGUAGCUAGUGAUUGUUGGAAUCUGAUCAAAGAAAUGGCACAAAGCAUUGUGGGAAAUGUAGCAGACAAUCCACCCAUGUACAUCAAAAAUAAAACAGAUCCUGUAUACUCCCCAUCUGACACCGUUAACCAGUAUCUAGAACAUUUUAAUAACUUCAGGAAAACAGCCCCACAAGGACAGCCAAGUAGAUGAACCUAACUUAACAUACAUAAUUUUAUACAGUCAUAUCAGAUAUGAGUGCUGCUCUCAGAAUAUAAAGUGUAUGUGAAACUGA